AUGCCUCCCACUACCGAGGUCGCCACUAAGAAGGAGGAGGAGGAGGAGGAGGAGGAGGAGGAGGAGGAGAAGACGGCCUCGAUAUGCCUUGAUGAUACUGUCCACGAAGUUGUCGAGAUACGAGCAACUGGGGAUGUUAUCCUUGAUGUUUCUUUCGAAAAUACAAAUGCCUGCACGAAGUCGAUCCCUAGUGAGGCCAUCCAGAAGCUGCGAGCAUCCAAGGCAAAGAUUCCGUCAGCAAGGGUCUUUUACAGGGUUCGCCUUGAGACCCUGAAGAGGCACUCAAAGUACUUUGCACACCUUCUGGGGUCAGAUGUCUUUGGUGAGGGAAGGACCAUAAAGGACACGUUUGCAGGUCUUGCUCAAUCGAAUCUGAAUCCGUCUGAAGUCGAGCCUGGACUUCUCCCGAGAAUUCAGAUUGUUGACGACGAUGAAGCAACCAGGACUAUGGGUAGAGAAGCAGUGUUUCGUGACAUGCUUCGUAUAAUGCAUGGUGCCGAGCAUCUCACAAAGCCUAUCUCCAUAACUUACCUGUCUGUCUUGGUUGUUAUGGCAGACAGAUUUGACUGCAUGGCUCUCAUUUCCCGCUAUAUAACAGGCAAAUUUGGGAGUUUCAGGUAUGCUCAGACAUUAGACAAAAGUGCAGAAGAAAUUCUACGACAAAAAAUCCUCAUCUUCUAUCACACAAACCAGGCUGCACGUUUAGCGUCCGCCACAAAGGAGUUGAUCCUACGAGGAUCUUCUCGAUGGGUUAGUUUUAGUGACAGUCCUGCGUUUUCAACUGCGUGGUGGGAUUUGCCCGAUGGGCUAGAAGCUGAGCUUUCACAUCGUCGUGCGUGCAUUCUUCGAACUAUAGCUUCCCUGCAAUUGCAUUUCCUUGACCUCUACACGUCACGCAACCGACAAUGUACUCUUGGUUAUGAUAGCAGUCCUGCAUGCGAUUCAUUUCAACUUGGUGAAAUGAUCAAGUUCUUUACCAAGAAAGGCCUACUUUCCCUCAUACCUUUUCAGGCCACAUCCCCAGAGGAUUCUGACUAUAUAUGGCCGGAGCCGUACACUGGUGAUAUUGAAAAUCUCAUAGGACUCCUCCGACAAUGCCCCAACUACCAAAUCGACAAGAAUCAUUCCCACUGUGGGCUGAGAAGCAAGAUCUUGCCCCCGCUGGACUACAUUCGGGAUUGCAUUGAUACUGGGGUUGGGAUCAAGGUCAUGCGUUGGAGAUCAGACCGAGCAGCUCAUACGUGGAUUGCUCCCGAACCAACGACUGGGAAGGGCAGAAAGCCAUUCACAGUCGGUGGCGAAGAUGAUAUGAAAACUUUUGAUUUCACCAAGUCAAAGUCUGCAAUGGAAAUGGGAGCUAACAGUUUCAAUGUGGACCAAUCUGCAAAGACCAUGUUCACGGCUGAGAAAUGGAUUUGGACGCCAGAGAAGGAAGAGGAGACCCCGCGGCUCGUGAAGACGUGGCCGAAAUUCUAG